AUGAGCAAAUUUUGUUCGGAUUAUUUGAGCGAGUUCGCCACACAAGCGCGAAUCCCAUUCCAUCUGAAUGGAAUGCCCAACUAUGAGCAUCAGAUUCCGCUCGUCACCCGCAUCAACAAUUUGUCAUGGCGAAUCAUUUUGAAAUUCGACAAGAAGCUUCCGGCCAAAUUGGACUUUGACAUUUCGAUCUCGUGCGGUGCCGAUGGCUCGACGAGCUGGGAGCUGCGUGCGAAUGUGAUGAUACGAAUGCUCGUCGGCCGUCAAGAGCCGCUCGAGUUUCAAUAUCGAUUCGGUGUGCUCAAAUUCGAUCAGCACUGCCGGCAGUGUCGAUUCAACGAUUUCCGGAUCAACGAUCGACGCGACGAAUCGAUGGCGAAUGGCGAGAUUUGUGUGCAAGUGGUGUCGACGAAAGGCAUCAAUGUGCCGCCGAUCAUCGAUCCGUUCAAGAGGUCGCCGGAACUCGGCGACGUCGUCCUGAAAAUCGCCGACAAUUCCGUGUUGGCCAACCGAAAAUUUUUGUCGAUUCACUCGCCGAUCUUCCGCCAAAUGUUCGCCGCGUCCGACAGCCGAACGAUCUACGAGCUCGACGAUGUCAAUUUUCACGAUUUUGUCACUGUGUUGAAUUUGAUUCACGUCAUCGGCGGUUACAUAACAGACCAUAAUGUUGAGGGCCUUCUGAUUUUGGCGCGACGAUUCGAAUUCGGCUUCAUUCGCCGAAAAUGCGAGGAGUAUCUGUUGGCGACGAUCGAGAAUGACGCGAUUUCGCGCAUCGUGUGGGCCGACCGAUUCGGAUUCGGACGCCUUCUGGCCGAAUCGAUCGACAAGAUGAAGGAGAAGGCGGGCGCCGCAUUCAAAGAGACCAUGGAGUUCCAGACGCUCAGCUCGCAUUGUCGCCUGUUGUUUCUCGACGAGCUGGUCAACAAGAUGUUGUAUAAAUUGUCUCUAAAUGAUUAA